GUCGUGCGGGUGCCUAUCCGGCGACUGCACCCCGCCUUCGCCCGACAGGUCUUGGCUGCCCGUCUCGCCUCCGCCGCUCUCAUCCUGGCGUCAUGCAUGUACCCAGGCCAGUCCCCCGACCCAUGGGGGCUGGGCCCCUGGCGCAGCGGCGGCAGCAGUCCUCAUGAUGGCGGUGGCGUGGGCGGCUGGGGGGGCCCCUACAGCGCCCAACAGCACCCACAGCAGCACACGGCCACCCCCGAGCAGCUGCUCCUCUCCCCGACCCGACAAGCCCACGUGUUGCAAACCGUGGCGCGGCUCCUGCUGCUCACAGCGGCAUUCUGGCUGCUGCUGCUCAGUGCCAUGCUUGCGGCGUCGGCGCUGCUCGCCUCCGCACCUCAAAUGCAGAACCCCGCCGCCCCCCAGCAGCCAUGCGCCGGCGCGCAUUCAAACCACGACAGCGGCAACCAAUGCAUUAGCAGUGGCGCCAUCAGUAACAGUACUGCUAACAGCAGCAGGAGCGUCGCCGCUGUCAUCAGCCCGUCAAAGACGCAGUCGGCGAGCUGCUGCCGGGAGUCGCUCUACGCGGCGCAUCAACAUGCAAUAGAUGGGGCGGUGCUAGGGCUACACGCCGUAGCACACACACUGAGCGAGCUGCUGCUGGCGGCGGCGCGGUGUGCCGCAACAACAGCCGCUGCUACUGCCGCAGUGCUGCGCGACGCCGCACCAAACGCACCGCAUCCCGGCAGUGUCCUCCAUGACAACGCCGACUACAGCAUGUGCAGCGGCAACACGGAGUCACCGCUGGGGGCGGCGGCGGCGGCCGCUUCGGCUGCUGCAGCAUCAGGCGCGUCUGCGCUGCUGACGCCGCUGCCUGCAGCGGCACUGGGCGCGCUGCGUCUGCACGCGGCUGUAGCACUCAACCUGGCGGUCUGCAGCCUGGACACACGCCUGGUGCUUGGCGGCCAACUGCUGGCGUUGGCGGCGGCGGCAGCGGCAGCGGCAGUAGCAGCAAGCGCUGCCGGCAGCCACGCCUUGCUGACGACACUGGCGCCGGCCGUGGCUAUGGGCAGCAGCGUCGGCGCCGGCAGCAGCGGUGCCUACGCAGCAGCGGCCAGCAGCAACACGGGCUGGGAGCCGCCAACACGCCAGCUGGCAUUUGUCGUGACAGGCCGCCUAGCAGCGGCCGCGACAGCGGCAGGCGGGCGAGCGGCUGUGCUGUGGCUGGUCCUGCACUGUGCCAUCACCGCGGCGGCGGCAGCGCUGCACCUGCGUGUCGUGCGGCGCGUGUCACGCGUGCUCGUGACGCACACGACGUGCCUUGCCGUUGCCGCGCCGACGGCGCUCGGAAUGGGCGUGCUGGCGUGGUUCCCCGCCGUCGAGGUGGAUCCAGCGGCAGCGGCAGCGGCGGCGGCAGUGCGCAGUGAUGUGGCUGACGUCACCGAUGGGGGCGGUGCGAUGAGCAGCACCAUUGACAGCGGCAGCAGCGCCGGUGCGGGCCUCGACCAUGCCCCAGCAGUAGCAGCGGUCGCCGCCGCAGUCGCAGCAGCAGCGGCAGAAGCUGCGUCAGCAGCGCUGAUGGCUCCCGCAGCCCUGCAGCAGCAGCCGUCACGGCCACACCACCAGCAGCAUGCGCAUGUGCCGCCGGGGGCGGCGGCCUUGCCCGCGUCAGCGGCGGUCUGGCUGGGCGCCGGCGGCAUGCCGUGGGGGGAGCUGGCAUCGCCCUGGGGCGCACUCGCGGCCUUGACCCACACGCCGGGCCUGCACCUGCUGCACCCGCACAUGCACAUGCGCCCUAACCCACCUGCAAACGGCGACGGCACCGCUGCUGUUGGCUUCUCCGCGGCAUCGCACGCGGUGCUGGGCGCUGCGGCGGCCUGGCCACCGCAGCCUCUGCCUCUGCUGCAGGCUGGCUAUGGUUGGAUGCCAUCGGGCCCCGGCCGGGGGGGCUCUGGCCUCGGCACAGCAGACUACCCGCCACCGAGGAUGGGGCAGGACGGUGGCAGCAUCAUUGCCGCAGGUGCCGCCACGGUCCCAGCUAUUGGACGCGCCUGCUACGCCGGCAGUGUGGGAAUGGCAACGCCCUUUGCGCCGCUGCCCAUAAGAACAGGGCGGCGGAGCUUCAGCGCCGACGGCGCCACGCGCGGCACACAGGCCGCUGCAGGCCAGCCACCAACCCUGACAGGCCGGGCCUCUCAGCCGACGCUAGCCUACGGCGGCGCGGCAUCUGUGUCACCUGCUCAUAAAGAUGAUGAGGCCGCAGCAGCACAGCCCAUGCCGUCGACGUCAUCCCAGCAGCAGCAGGCAGCGGCCAGCGCACCCGCACAUCCGGCGGCCCUAUCGCUGGCAAUAGCAACUGAUGCUGCACCUACUACCACUGCGGCCGGCGACGGCACUGAUGCCGCGGCGUUGCUUCUGUCCAGGCGGCCCGGUGUGCUGCUGCUGCAGGUCCUGGGGGCCAGCGCGCGCCUGGGCGGCGGCGGUGGCGGCGGUGGCGGCGGUGGCGGCAGUAGCAGCAAACUGACGCCUGUCCUGCUGGCUAGCAUGUCGGCUAUGUCCACGGUGGCACGCGGCAGCAACGAGCAUACGGGCGGCGGCGACGCCGCCGCCGCCGCCCCGGCAGGCACAGCAGCAGAGGAGUCAAGCGCUGCGGCGCUGCUGCUGUUUGCCGGGUCCUCCAUGCAGUCACUGACUUUCCAGCCGCUGCAGCUGCCCGACGGCUGGCAUCUGGACACAGCCUCGUUUGACAAAUUUGGGGCUGGGCUCACCGCACAGCAGAACCAGCAGCAGCAGUCAGGAGAUGCCGCUGUCGCCACCGCAGCGGGUGAGGCGCCCACUACUGCAGGCUCGCAGCAGGCGGCUGUGCAGCAGGCAGGGGUUGGUUCCGGUGCGCCGGCGGCGGCGGAAUCCACCCAGGAGCCUGCCGACGUCGGCAGUGCGCACCAUGCCGCUUCCAGCAGCGGCACACUGGACGCAAUUAUCCUGGAGUCAGACAUGACGGCUGCUCUGAGUGCGGCCAGUCUGGUGCGAUGCGCCGCAGACGAGGCAGCGCUGCACGCCGUGCGGCGGUCAGCUCCGGCCUGGUCGUCUUCGGGCGGCCAGCCUUCGCAGUUACCGCCGUCGGCGGUAGACGAUGCCACACCUGGUCUGCGAAGCUCUGGCAUGCCACAGGGGGUGGCCGGAGAUGCCCGUUGCGAGCUGCAAUCAGCGUCGGGUACUGCUCCAGCCGGCGGCUCUGCAGCUGCGGAGAGCAAGACGGAUGGCGCUCCCGCGUACUGCGGCGGCUCUGCCGCCGGACCGGCGGGGUCUGCUGGGAGUGAUGCCAAGGAGGCGAAGGACGCGCACCAGGGCGUGGGCUCUGCCUCCAGCGCAGCCGCUGCAGCCGUAACGCGUGGCCACGUCAGCGGCUUCGCAUCUGUGGCUGGCGUGCCCUUGGCGGCAUCGGUAGAAUCAGUUACCGCUAGCGCAGCAGUAGCAUCGGCAGCAUGUGGACCUGCGGCACUGGCGGCGUCAGGGCAGGGUGGAGAAGUGGCGGCCGAGGCUCAGACUGCAGCAGCCGGAGAGCGCGCGGUCAUCCCGGCAACCCCACGUGAAGGACCCAGCGCUGGGCCUUGGACUGCCAAGGUGGAGGACGCGACGGGACGCACGGGGUGUGUGGAGGAAGGCUCCGGGCCGCCUGCAAGCAUCAAUGGCGACGGCGGCGCCGCCUUAGCCCGACUGCCGCCGCUCCUUCCGCCGGUGAAGCAGCAGCGGCCGCGCUACAGCCUGCAGGAGCAGUUGGAGCUGCUGCGGCGAGACUUGUUGGGGGACCUGCGGCAGCCAGUGAUUAACGCCCCACAGCCACAGCGGCAAGCACUUGAACGCCUAGCACAUGGACAGGCACAGCAGCAGGCGCAGGUGCCGGCGCAGGCGCGGGCGCAGCCAUCUUCAUCGCGGGGCUCCGCCGCCGCCGCACAGACGCAGCAGCAGGGCGGCGGGCAGUUCCGCCGCUGUCUGGCCAAGACGCUGGAUGACGAGGCGGAGGAGGUGGCGGCAGAGCUGGGUCUGGACCUGGCGCUGGGGCCCGGCGGAGGCCCCGGAGGCCUCGGCGGCCCUGGCGGCCCCGGCGGCCCCGGCGGCCCUGGCAUUCGUAGCGCCAGCAGCGGCAGCGGCAGCAAAGGUGCAGUAGUAAUCGGCGGUAGCCGGCGCCUGGGCACGCUCCAGGGCGCGGCAGGCGAAACGCGGUCCCCUGCCACCGCUGCAGUAGUGCAGCCGCCCCAGCAGCAGCAGCAGCAGCCUCGCGCCCAGGCGGGGCCGCAGCCGGCUCCAGCUGCUGACGCGGACGACGUCCCUGCUGACGCGCGCUCCUCUGGCGCCAGCACGCGGCGGCGGCCUGGCCUGUGCUCGCCGCGCGGCUCCACGUCCUCUCACCCUUUGCUCAGCACUACCGCGUGCUUUGGCACCGCCACCGGUAGCGUGCCGCGCUCCUCUGUGGUCUCACGGGACAGCGCGGGCUUGCCUCCCUUGCCACCACAGCUGUCGCCGCUGGAUCAUCAGCAACCGGGUGCAGCAGCAGUGCACACGGGGGAGCCUUGCGUACAAGCGCAGAGCGCAGACUUGCACGCGGUGGAGGGUCGGGGCGUGGCUCUGCUGACCCAACUGUUGGUGUCAGCGGCGCCAUCGGGGGGCAGCAGCGCGGCGCAGUCAGAAGCCGCCACGGCUGUUGCAGCGGCGGCGGAGAGCGUUCCCAGCAGCGGCGGUGCGCAUAGGAAGACGGCGAGCAGCGCAAGCGACGGCGUCAGUGGCAGCAGCAGCCGCGGAGCUGCUGCCGCUGGCGCCCACAGAGCUGCUACACCCGGUGGACGCAACCUCAGCAUCAGCAGCAGGACAGCAGGGCCGGGCGCGCUGCGUGCGCCUGUGGUGCCGCCGCCGCCACAGCAGGCAGCUGUCAUGCCGUCCUCGUUGGCCUACAUUCCACUGGUGCCGGUGCCAGUGGUGGGAGCCACACUUCCUUGGCCCCCCAGCAGGCUGCUGCUACCGGCAGCAGGCGGUCCAGCUUCUGUUGCGGCCGCGCCAUCGGCGGCGGCAGCAGCGUCGGUGGCUGCGGCGGCGGCCGCGUCGGCGUUUCACGUGCCAGCCUCUGGCAGCAGCGGCAGCAGCGGUGCCGCGCCUAUGGCGGCACUAAUGCAGCACCAGCAGCAACAGCGUCCCAGACGCGGCGGCCCGAAGGCCUCAGCAAGCAGCUCAUUCCUUGGUGGCGGCAGCUGCAGCUCCCACGCCACUGCGGGCGGCCUUCAUCUCGGCACAGCAGCAGCAGCAGCAGCAGCAGCAGCAGCAGCAGCCGGCACCGGCGCAGCUGCUUUUACGGACGGCACGGGCGGCGGGAGCGGCCUUUCUCAUCUGGAGCGCCUCUUCGGUAGUAAUGCCGCGGUCGCGACGGGUGGCAGCAUGGGCAGCGGCACAGUCUGGGAUGAGUUCAACGGUGCUUCGGCCAUGCUGCAAUCCACGAUGGAGGAAGAGGCGGACGAGGCGCAGCUGGCAGGGGCCGGCUGGGGUGCCUCGGAGGCGGGAGGCGGCGGCGGCAGCAUCUGGUCCUUGUUCCACCAGACCACCACCAGCAUUGCUUCACGAUCGCAGCAGUCGCAGUCGCAUCGCUACCAGUGCAAAGCGCCGAUAGGCCCUGCUACUGGCCCUGGCGCGGGCCCUGGCUCUGGCGCUUGCACCGCCGGUUUCGAUACCCGCGGCUCCGUCGAUGCGGCACUGCGGUUAGGCGGAUCGACCGCAGGCGCGGCAGCAGCGGCGGUUGGGCAGCAGCGCCUGCUGCCCGGUGGCGGUGGUGCUGGCGACCUGUGUGACGACAUGGAAUUGUUGAUGGAUGAGGUUGAUGAAGCAGACAUCAUCAGCGGCCGGUACAACAUCACCACCAGCUCCAUGGGCGGCCUGGCGCUGGUUGCCAACUCCGGGCCCAUGUCAGCUGCCUCCCACCAUCACCACCAUCAGCACUACCAUCCUCACCAUCACCACGCCCAAACGCCAGACGUCGCCCCACUCUCGCUGUUGCGCUCAGCGGGCGGGUCCGCCGGGGCCAGCAGCGCUGCUUCCGCAGCCGCCGUCGCCAGUGUCACUAGAGCUGGCAGGAACACUGUUGGUGCGGUUAGCAAUGCAACAGGCCCAGCAGUGCCGGAAUCGCUUCCAAGCCAUUCGGGUGUUCUGGCAAAUAGAGCUUCUGCCGUGGCAGCUGCGAUGGCAAGCCAGAACAGCAUGCACGACGAGGAUCCGGCGGGCGCAGCUGCCGCCGUAGCCGCGCGUGCGCAAGCGGCAGCACCGGCAGCACAGGCGCAGGAGUCGGCUCCAGGCUCUGGCAGCGUAUCGGGCUCAGGCAGCAGACGAACCACUCGCAUCCUGUCGCAGCUUGCCCUCGCAGACAGCCCUCUCGGCGGCGGUGACGCGGCAACAGCAGCAGUUGGCGGAGGCGGUGGUCUCGGAGUGGGUGGGUCCGGAGGCAACACAGCCACAUCCGGCCCCGGCGCGCACGGCCCUGUCUCCGGCAACUGCACCGGUAACAGCCGCGCAAUGCUUGAGCAGCACCUGCAGCAACAACAGCAACAACAACAGCAACACCAACAGCAACAACAACAGCAACAACAGCAGCAACAUCAGCCUAGGCCGCCCAGCCAACGCUACGGCGCUCCGGUCGUGCCUCACAGCACGCGCUCCGUCUCAACCUCGUCCCCACAAACGCCCGUGGCCUUUGCCGCGCCGCCGCAGGGCGGCGGCAGCGUGGGCGCGGCUGUCGGCGCCCUUGCUGCUGUGGCGGCGCCGACAGCUGCAUUGCUGCAUGCAAGGCGGUCAGCGUCUUCAGGCCAACAUCAGGCGUUGCUGCCGCCUCAGCACCUGCUGCAAGCGCCGCGGGCCACAGUGCCGGCGGCCGGGGCGGGAUCUUCGCCUCGUGCACCGGCUGUAGCAGCAGCGGAAGCCAGCAGCAGCCCGCGUUACCAGCGCUCCUUUUUGCAGCUGCCUUUCCCGCCUGUGCUGGAAUCCAGCUCGGAGGUCGGCGGCGGCGGGGACGGGGGCGGUGACGGGAGAAUGCAUGGCCCCGCCGUAGCACCUGCCUGGCUCGGCGGCGAGGAUGGCGGCAGCGGCACCCGGCGGCGGCUGCUGGCGUCAAGGCUCUCAGCUAGCAGCCUGGGCAGCAGCCUAGGAGCGAGGGCGAGAUGUGGGGCGGGCGAUACGCAGCUGGGCUCGCCUGUUGCACCGGGUGGCGGUGUCCCGGCGCAGGUGUUGCUUUCGGGCGGGAGCACGGGCGGGGCGGCUUACCGCAUCGGCGGCGGGGGCGUCGCGGGUGGUGAGGGCGCUGGCGCUGGCGCCGGCGAGGGAGUGGGCGUUGGCGCGACGAUGGGCGCAAGCACAACGCCGCGCACGCCGUCUUUCCGGCCUGGGUCCUUUUUGUUGGCCCUUGCUGAGCGCGUGGAGGAGUGCACAAAGUAGCAUCAGCGGAGGUGGGCGGGUAAGCUUUGAUAUCCUUUUUGUGGAACAAUUUUGGCGCUCUGAUUAAUUGGCACCAAUUUCGUUUGCAGGUUGGCGGCAGCAUAGGGAUUGUGAGCGGGGACGUGCGAGUGCGGCUGGGCUUAGCUACGGGGGUCAGCUAAUUGGGGGACAUUGGCAUGCUGAUUCUCACUUGUGACUUGUUAAAUGUGCAAUGCUGCAUUUGGAUGGGGCCCACAUGCUUGCGAGCACGGGUGCUCGACUGCUUGCAUGAAUGGGGCUCGCCAUCUUUGUACGAGAGGAACGGGGUGAAACUGCUGCUGACCACGCACAGCAAACAUUUUAUGAGGUUCUAGCUUGACGCAUAUGAUACUGUCUUGUGCCCUGCUUGCUUGGCACUGCUGGAGUUGAUGCCCGAUUGUCAUCAUGAUAAUCUGCGGGCCACGCACUUGCAUGGCUGUGGCGUUCGAAUGUUGGCAUGUGGGUGGCUUUGAACGAGGGCGGAAGAGCGUAAGUCGUACGUGCCCGUGCGUGGACACACACAGACACACAUACGGUAGUGCAUUGCAAUGGAAUGGUGGAAGCGCUGGCAUGAAAAGCAUUGCGGGUGUGUGCCGCUAAUUGACACCAUUUUUGUGUGUGCUCUUGUGAAGGAUUACCUAACUCGGCGUGUGAGGCUUGCAAGUGACAGUACAGCCAAGCCUGCAUGCAGCUGCAAGCAUUGCUGUCGUGAACAAGGCGUGUGCCGCAGCCCGACACUUGAGAACUGAGGGAAUGCUGCGUCGCAUUAUUCGCUUGAUAACUGGGAGCUGUUGCACAAGAAAGGCAUGCAUGUCCCCAGGAGACAUUUAGUAUUGGCAAUCAAGGGACAUCGCUUGGUGCCCGCUUGAUUGGGUGGGGGUACUAUGGCUGUUGUGCAUUGGGACUACGCCUUCGCUGCAGAUCCUUGACAACAAUUGAUUUCAUGGCUGAACCUCGCGCCUGACGGUAUGACACUGGUGGACAUUAGUCAAUGCCGGGUUUAUCUUUUUCGUUAUGCACUGUGCCCACGGCACCGCAUUCCUACUGUAGUUCGGCGACAAGAGUUGUUGCCAAGGUGUUGGCGCCUGCUGCAGCUGCAAUGCAAGCCGCCUCGCUGUUCGCAGUGGCUGCUGGAGGACCAUGCAUGCGGUAUGCGGCCUGUCUGGUGGCGGGCGCGUUUGGCCGCGUAUGGGCCCUAUCUGCAGUGUGCAUGCAACACAUAGUGUGUGGACACCUGUGCCCUUUACUCGCAUGCAUGUCUGGCAGUCUGGUUGGCUUGCUUCUUGCACCGCACUAAAGGCAAGUGGUU